AAAAAGAGGAGCUUCAUUUCAUUGGAAUCCAAUCAGCAAUCAUCAUCAUCCAUGCCAAUUGCCAAAUGAAACCUAAAUAAACGGCCAUUUUUACACUGUAUUUUAACCAUCCUUAUCAAUUUCUCAAAUGAGUUUAGGGUUUACUCUUCUCCUUCACUCCACUGCUUCCAUCACCUCUCAUCAAUCCCAUAAUCUCUUCUUUACAUUUCCCCACAACAACACUAUCUCUCUCGCAGGACGAAGGAAUUUAGUGUUUAGGGCUCGGACUUGUUCUGAAUCAAUACAGCUGAAACCAAAAUCAAUGGAUUUAAAGGAAGAGCUGAACAAGAAUCUUUAUGAACCUCUAGAGCCAUAUACUACUGGGUUCUUGAAAGUUUCUGAUCUGCACAAAAUCUACUGGGAGCAAUCUGGAAAUCCUUCUGGCCAUCCGGUUGUAUUUCUCCAUGGUGGGCCGGGAGGUGGAACUUCACCAAGUAAUAGAAGAUUUUUCGAUCCUGAAUUCUAUCGCAUUAUUCUCUUUGAUCAGAGAGGAGCUGGUAAGAGUAUGCCCCAUGCUUCGUUGGAGGAGAACACAACGUGGGACCUCAUUAAAGAUAUCGAAAAAUUAAGAGAACACCUCGAAAUUCCAGAAUGGCAGGUGUUUGGUGGCUCGUGGGGAAGCACUCUUGCACUCGCGUACAGCCAGUCGCAUCCUGAUAAGGUCACUGGGAUUGUCCUUAGAGGGAUCUUCUUAUUGAGGCAGAAAGAGAUCGACUGGUUUUAUGAAGGCGGUGCUGCAGCAAUAUACCCUGAUGCGUGGGAGCCAUUUAGAGAUCUUAUACCAGAAAAUGAAAGAGAGUGCUUUGUGAAGGCCUACCACAAGAGAUUGAAUUCUGAUAACUUGGAAACACAAUAUGCCGCUGCUAGGGCAUGGACCAAAUGGGAAAUGAUGACUGCUCAUCUACUACCAAAUGAAGAGACUAUUAAGAGAGGGGACAAUGAUGCUUUCUCGCUGGCUUUUGCAAGGAUCGAGAACCAUUACUUUGUAAAUAGGGGAUUCUUUUCAACAGAUACAUAUCUCUUGGAUAACAUUGAGAAGAUCAAGCAUAUCAAUGCUGUAAUUGUACAGGGAAGGUACGAUUGUUGCUGCCCCAUGAUGUCGGCAUGGGACCUGCAUAAAGCUUGGCCAGAGGCAGAUUUUAAGGUGGUAGCAGAUGCAGGCCAUUCGGCUAAUGAACCUGGCAUAUCAGCAGAACUUGUAGCAGCAAAUGAGAAGCUGAAGAACAUCAGAAGGACCAAGUGACUUUAGAAUCAUAAUUCAUACACAAGGGUUAUAGCAUUUUGAGCUAUUUGCUUCAGUUUUAAGAACAGAUUGAAAACCACAAGAGCUCUGUUGCCAUAUUGAAUCAAUGGAUGAGAUCCUGUUAUUGAAAUCUAUUUUGUGUUUCUAGACAA